CGUGCGAUCUAUGUUCCUUCUGCUAUUCUCGACCUCUAAUCCUUCUUCUUCAUUCCUUUCCACCACCAACGAGGGAGACGAGUUGCCGUGAGGUCGACGAUGCUGGUCCACCAUGCUCACAGCUCUUCUUUGCUCUGUUCCUCAUCGCUGAAUAUUUUUCUUCCCCUAUUCCUUCUGUUUGUGGGUGAUGGACAAGUAAGGAGUUAGGUUGGUGUUAUAAGAGGAUUGAUUUAUGAGUUGAGGCUGGUUCAAUGUUAUUUUCUCCCUCCCCUGUUUGGUUAAAGGUUCUGUUCUUCCCUUGGUUGUGCAUGUUUUGUCGAAAACUUGAGUUGCUAGGUGCGAGACGAUACUACUGCCAAACUGAGGUACAUUGCUUGAAACUGGCAUUAUCUGGUACAGUGAAAUCUUUAUUUGGACCAGAAACAUUGGCUUUCAUGAAACGGCAUGCAUCCUUCACCAGAUUCCAAUUCUUGCUUGGUCCAUGUUCUGCUAACUCAUGUUUCAAACUCGGGUGUUCAAAUCUUAAUAAGGGUUCACGCAUUAACAUUCUCAUGUCAUCAAAGGUAAAAGAUAGUGGUGGCGGCGGCAUCGGUGCAAGUGGUAUUUCCUCUUUUUGGUUUGCUUCUCCUUCCUCGAAUUUAGCGCACCGCUUGAAUACAUUUAUUGUAGAUGGUUCACUUGGCAGUGAGAAGACAUUCUUCAAGUACUUGUUUGCUGGAAACAACGUGUAAAUCCCCAUCAUCUAUAUAAAUUGAAAGAUGAAGAGCACAGAUUCCUGUUGUGUAAUGGCAAAGAACAAUAGUGGGAUGCUCACAUCAUAGCACAAUAAUGAAAUCUGGCUUACCUUGGAUAAAUUCAGAUUCACUUGACAAUGAGAAGAAGACGCACCGUUGAAUAAAA